GGCACCCCCCAGACUGAGCAGAAAAGGCGUGACAGAGCGAGCUGAAGGAGUAGAGCAAGCGGGGAUUGCGCUGACAAAGAUCAAAUAACACACUUUCUAAUCACCUUGUGUUUCUCGAUUUUUUUUUUUUUUAAAUUAAAGUUGUCAGGUGCGCUCAUCUGCACCGGUUUGGCGCUUUUCCUCCAGUUUUUUUUGUGGUUUAUUUUCUCUACUCUUGAGAAAAAAAAACAAGAAGAGAAAGGAGAAGUGCGUUUUAUAUCGGCAGUAAUACGGACUUCUUUACUUUGCCUCUUUUUUCCCUUUCCCUUCCUCAUCAAGCAUGGAUGUUUUGGCGAAUUACAGUAUUUUCCAGGAACUCCAACUCGUCCAUGACACUGGUUAUUUCUCGGCGAUGCCUUCCCUGGAGGAGAACUGGCAGCAGACAUGUCUAGAGUUGGAGAGGUAUCUACAGACAGAGCCCAAGCGACUCUCUGAGCUCUUUGAUGAAGAGUUGGACUGUCUCCUAACACCGGCCUUCAUGCAAGGUGGUGACAGUGAUGAAGAUCUGAUGGACCCACUUCUGCCCAGCCUCGCUGACCACCCAAGCCCACCGCCUCUACUCAUAACCCUCCCUAAGGUUCAGGCCAAAGUCCUUCAGGUGUCCAGUCCAAACAAUGGUCAAGCAGUAUCUGGGGUUGACACAAAGGAACAAGUCCUCGGAGGAGUCAACGCUGCACAACUUAGUGCCGCCGUCACAUCCCUAACACCACCGUCAUCGCCAGAGCUCGGCCGGCACCUCGUCAAACCCACACAGACGCUCACCGCGACGGCAGACGGCACAUUAACGCUUAAACUGGUGGCAAAGAAAGUAGGGCUAGGGGCAACCAAAGUGGUGGCUGCUCGAGCGUUACCAUCCCCACCAAGCCGAGGAGGAGCCCUGAGUGACAGCGAGCAGGCAGGUGGUGGAAGUCUGGGCGGAGAUAUUCCUGAGAACAAGAAGAGAGUCCACAGGUGCCAGUUUAAUGGCUGCAGAAAGGUUUACACCAAGAGUUCUCAUCUGAAGGCACAUCAGAGGACCCAUACAGGUGAGAAGCCCUAUAAAUGCUCAUGGGAGGGCUGUGAAUGGCGCUUUGCCCGCAGUGACGAGCUGACACGACACUACCGCAAACACACUGGAGCGAAACCGUUCAAGUGCAACCACUGCGACAGGUGUUUCUCUCGAUCGGACCACCUGGCUCUGCACAUGAAGAGGCACAUUUAGGUCAAACAGGAGAGGACUGGAGGAGGAAGACCACUGGUGGAGGAGGUGUGACAGGAGAGAGAAGGAUGGACAGAGAAGCUACAAACCGUUCAGAAAGCUUCAUGAAAUCAUCGGAGAAGAGGGAAAUGGAGGAGAAGAAGAGUAGCUAGAUUGUUGUUUUUCUUUGAUAUUACACAUUCACAUUUUGCAGUAGUACACACUUCGCACAUCCGUCUUCUAUUACAUCAUCCCGGUGAACCCUCACUGCUCUCAUGCAGCUUGGGGGUCUUGGACACUGCCAAACCAUGCUUAAAUUGCUUGAUGAAACACUGCGCCGCCUUAUUUUCUUUUUUUUUUCUGUGUAUUCAACAGUUUACAUUAUUGAGUCAUUUUGGUGAGGAAAUAGUCCAGUGGGGAAACUCUUAAAUAUUCACUUAGUCAGUGCUUUCCAAUACUCAACUUUUUUCUUGCUGUUUUUCUACAUGAAACAUAAGGAAAUAUCAUCUGCCGCACUCAGCUUCUGUAAUCUAUGUGAAGAAAACAACAACAACGCAACGUCUGUGAGAGAGACACCAUGCGGAUCGAGACUGACAAUCGACGCCCGAAUGGGGCUCAGAUUUCUGUGCGUUUCAGAGCGCCAGUGGGAAAUCGGUCAGCAGAUGCUGCUGCAGCUCUCAGGCUCUCCUCCAGAGGGAGUUUGCAUCUCUCAGCUUCACCGAGACGCCUGCCGCCUCCGCAGGCCAUCCAACAGAAAUGCGCAGCGACACUUUCUUCCUUUUUUUUGUACUUAAAAAACAAUAAUACUUCUUAUUAUUAAAAAAAAAAAAACAAAAAAAAACACGAAUGACACUUUUGCGCUUUUUUCUCUUCGAGAAAAUUCAGCGCUCACUGACAUUUUACAGGAAAUACUAAGAAUCUGGGAUGACUUCAACAGAAUGUGUAUGGAGCGAAGGAGAGCGUUCUUGGGUUUUUAUCCCCAUAUGCACUGACUCUGCAGACUGAGCAACCAAUGGAUGGGGAAAAAAAACCUGUAUCAGCUCAGAGUAAAGGAUGUAUGUUGUGUUUGGACUGAAAUUAAAGCAAAAGGCAGAGAGAUCUUAGGUUUUCUCUGCCGCUUUUUUGCCCUGCAACCCAAUGCAGCUAAAAAUCAAACCCCCAGGAUGACCUCCUGUGUUCUAAGAGGGUGGACUGACUUAAAAACUGGCAAACCUUUUCUAUUCAUGAGUCAUUUCUUUUAUUCUGAAAGUCAUCCGUGUGUGUUUUCACCAACUCAGAGGAACCAUCUUCCAGGCAGCACUGCAGGGCAAGAACUGAGGCUUAAAGAGCUGCUCCUUGCUGACUCACAUGGAACUUAAGAUGCCAACCAACAUUCGCAAGUUGGUUCUGAACAGAACUGGUCAAACAGACCCGACUACUUUGCCUGUUUUUUAUCCAUUAACUGCACUUACUUUUUUAUGUUCUCUGUGCUUUUUUUUCUACAGCCUAAAAUAAGAAAAAUGGAACACAAUAAAAAAAAAUCAUAAAAGACUUUUAAAAAUACAACACAAAAACAGCUUUUUCUCUCUUUACACUUUGCAUACAGAACAAGCACACAUACUUGGUUAACACACGCAAACACGCUGCAGUUCCUACGCUCCUGGCUCCUCUCAUGAUAAGACUAAUAAGAAAUGGAAAAAUAAUUACUGAACUAAUGAAAAGAGUUGGAAAACAAAACACAGCAUGGCAGGCUUUAUUGCAAACACACACCGACUGCAGCUCAUGAACACAGACAGAUACACACACACCCACACACACUCUCUUUGUGGAAUUAUAUGUUCUGUUCCCAAAUCUUUUUUCACAGUAGGAAUUUAGCAACUGUUGUUUAGUGGAAGACUAUCUUAGCUCUCGGCUGGAGGUAACAAUUCCAAAUCCUUUGAAGUGAGAAAUCGGCUUGUUCUCAGCUCCAACAAUCACCCACAGAAACCCUCGCUACAGUUUGCGCCUCAUAUUUAAUCACUUAUUGUACUCCAGGACUCGGAUUGCAUCGUUGAUUGCAACAAACUGUAUCAGCCGGUGUUUUUUAUCGGGAGGGGGAACGACAAAGGUGGAAAUACUGAAGAAUCCUGCAUGGUGGGAUUUAUAGCCAGAAGCAAUAGAACAGCUGCUUCUUUCAAAUAUUGUAAAAAGGCUUAUUGAUCAUGGGAGAGUCUCUUAAAACAGCAGCCCCAAAUGUCAACAGAAAUAUAAAAUUAUUUUUUUUAAAUCUCAACUGCAGGUUUGAUUUAACAAAAAAAAUUUUGAGCAGCAAUCAUUCAGAAACUCAAAACUAAACUUAACAUUUUCCACAGUAGCAGUACAAUUGUUUUAGUAGCUAGUUCAACUAAUAAAUGAUCAAGAAUAACAUAAAAAAAAACAACCUAUAACCAGUUAAUUUCUCUGAGGAUACAUCUGAAGAUCAUUAAAACUUCAUUUAGUACAAAUCAAGUAGCUGUAAAGAAUUGAAAUAAGUUAAAAAUUUCAUUUUUUAGCUGUCGUUAAUUGCUGCAUGAUUUUAAGUGAGGUUUUGUUCGAAGAUUAUAAGGAAUUAUCUUCAGUAAUUAUCUCUCUUGGUUUCUUCGCUUAGAAUAAACUCAGAUUACUUGAGCCCAGAGCUUGGAGUGCUAAAUUAAUCCCAGAGAACAGAUAAAAUUGGACUUAUACCAUCCCUUUCCCGCUCCAAUCACCAAGGCGAAACGGUACCAAUGAUCAUCCUGUGUGACGCAUGGAUGCAGAUUGUUACAAUUUUCUGAAAUAAGUAACUUAAAGUUAAGGUAGGAUAACAAAAAUCACUAAACAAAGUAUUUUCAUAUUUUAAUAUGAAUAUAUAGCUAACCACCCACUGCAAAUAUAAAAGUGAUUUUAAGGAGUAAAAAUAAUUUUUUUAAGCCACGUCGGCGUUUUUCUUCUCGGACACGCUUCUGGCUUCUACUCACCGGUCAGAGAAAUUAUACAAGAAUCAUUUGAACCUUUUAACACAAGGUUCUCAUUUAAAAUCCUUAAGGAUUUGAAUCCUGUAAAUUCCAGAAGCAUUUCUGCUUCACCUCACUGGACUCUGCUAUGAGCUCAUUAGCAAAGCUUGACUACUGCUAGAGAGCUAUUUUAGCCAUUCGAUUCAGGUGUGUAGAGUAGGGGAGACAUCCAGUUACAAGAAACCGACCUCUGAUUUGAGUAUGAGACCCAAGCUUUUUAACAGAACCUCACUUAAAAAUCUCUGCGCUUUCACUUAGAGCCUGAAAUUUUAACAAUCUAUUAGUUAAGUCUGCCUAUAAAGUAUGCUUUUUAUCAAACAGUUAAAUCCACAAGUGUUUCUCUAUCAUAACUCGGUGGUCAAAGCAUAAUUUAGUAAAUUUCCUCCUAAAUUAUGCAGAAUUAUCUGCUUUUGAAACAUUUAAUUAGCAUUUAAGAAACCCAAAUAAAUAACAAUGAGAUUAUGAAUUUUGCAGUCGGAAAACUGUAGCAUUUGUCGGAUCACCUGCUGGGGUUUCAGAGCCACACUUAUACUUUUUUUUUUUUUUUGACCUGAAUGUACAUUUCUUUAUGGAUACAUAAGAAUAUGAGAAAAUACAAAUCUUUAGUUUAAGCUUUCUUUGCUCAGUAGUUGCAAGAAAAACAACACAAGCCCUGCAAUCCGAGCUUUCAACGCCAACGCUCUCACGGCUGCUCCAUCCGCCCACCAACACCUACAUGCCCCGCAGCACAUGCAAACAGUCCAAUGCUCGCUGAUGCAGUUGGGUGAGGGUGCAGGUUCCUGAAGCUGGUGGAGGAUUUCAAAUCCCAGCAUGCCCAGUCAUUGUGCCAGUUGGCCUUGCCAGCAUUCAUUAGGUGAAACAGUGAAAAAAUCCCCCUCAAGGGUAGGAAGAGAAGGGGGUAUAUGGUGCAGCUUUGAACAAUCAAUACCAAAAACCUCCAGCAUGGAACUGCCCUUCAGCCAUGGGCAUAGUCUCCUCGGUCAGAGGAGAUCAGCGGGGCGCCGCCUCCGUACCGGUCCUGUGUAUCUUACGGCAGCUUUCUCCUCUAACUCUUCCUGUCUAUUAGAUACAGUCAGAGUAUAAAGUAAGUGCACCUUUUUUUCAGUUUUGUGGUUUUACACAAGAUGUCAACAACCAGAGAAUUCUGAUUUAACCCAGUUUGAGGUGAAAAAAUUAAACAAAAAUGACCAUGCAGCCAUUAAUUCCUUAACAAAAAGACUAAAAUGAAAAUGCAGCUCAUGUAAAAAAAAACAUCACUGCAUUAUUUGAAUUUUAGUGGCAUAUAGCUGCACAAGAAACUGGACUGUUUUUUUUGCAACAAAACAAAGAUUGGAAAGAUGGUGCAAAUAUUUUAUCAUGAAUGUCUGAAAAAGCAGCUCAUGUUUUCGAUUUAGUCAGAACAAAAUCUUUUAGUUUUUAAUCUUUCCGUUUCUUUUUUCUGUUACGCAUAGAGAUGUGGAUCGAAGCUUUUUUUACGGGAUGUACAAUCAUGACGAAUGGAGAUUGUUGCACUUUUGUGAGACUUUUAAUGGCUUGAAUGUGUAUGUCUGUUUUUUGUUCAGUUUCUUUGUUUUUUUACCCCGUCAUGCUUACUGUGAACACAUCACCCAUUUGUCAGUGGCUUCAACUGCUUAUCUAGUGUGUAACUUUGCAACAGAGUUGAAUUUCUGCUUUUUUUAUACCCCAAAAAAUAUUGAUGUAUUUACUAUAUUUUGUUGUGGCUCUUACUUUAUCCACUUAUGUAUGUCACAGAGGUUACUACUUCAAAUAAAAAGAAAAAAAUAGAGAAAUCCUAUCACAUGUCAUGCACCUCACAGUUUUAAAAAUGGGGGGUAUUUUUAGCUUUAAUUGGCUUGACUUAAUUAGACAUUUUAAUAUCUAUGAAGUUACAACAUAUUCUAAUGACCCCACUAAAACUACAGCUCUGCCAAAUAGCAAACAAACAAAUAGAACAUUUUCUCAAGCUUUGACAGAUUUCUGAGUCACUUCAGAUACGGUUUUAUAUUUGAUCACCUUCCUGACUUAGCCUGUCAAAGCAGGUUUCCUGUCACAGUGUGGCUCUGGGUCGCCUGCCGUCUGUGAAGCUCGAGCCGGCUAGCUGCCGUUGCACAGCUCUGAUUAGCAUUAGAACUCCCAGCACUCCUUGCAGAUGAGCUAAUGAGAAUGCUCUGGGUCACAGGGAAACAUAUUUGGGUAAAAAGAAAAAAAAAAAGUGGGGGCAACCUUAAGCCACACAGAUUCCAGCUGUCCACAGCCAGUGGAUAGAUCCGAUCUGCAGCCGAUAGAAAGCCUCUAAACACAAACACACAAAAAAAACCCUAAUACAGAAAGAUACUUCGCUAGAAAUAUAAUACUAAAUAAAA